AUGGAAAUCCUAACGACAGUCUCCAGACAGUCUUCUAUCUGUACCAUGGUAGGUGUCCGCACUGCUGGGGCCGGGUCUGGCUGUGUACUCCGCUCGCACCGUGUUGCACGCUGGGGACACGGACAGCUUCCGGGCAGGGCGCUCUUACUGCGGCUGCUCUGUGCAGGAAAGGCCGGGGAUGCGCUGCGGCCUGGUUACCGGGUGGGAGAACGUGCUGCACAGCCAGAGACCACGGCCG